AUUACUUAUUAAGACGGUCUUAAAAUAAGAACCGACUAUGAAUACCGGCCAAUAGGCCGCAAGACAUGUUCAGUGUUGCUACAUGGCGUCGGUAUGACAGGAAUCAUAACCUAAUUUCUGUCAACUUAACGUUUAAUAUCUCGCGUCGCGGGACAGAGCUUUUUUUGCCAGAUUCUUUCGUUUCGUGCAAAAAAGCGUCGAUUGAGCAUAAUUUCAUCGAGAUUUGAGCUCUUGGCUCUAUUAUCGCAAUAUGCUGACGCGAGGAAGUCCCACUACUUAGGGCCCAUUUUAACAUCCUUGCAACGCCUCGAGAGCAUGCUUGUAAAGCAAGCCGAACGAAAUGCGUUGAACUGUAUUGUGCCGGCCGAGAAGCUAUUCAGCCUGUUUUCAGAACAUCAGCCAUCUAGUAACGAAAGCAAUGAGACAAAAUCGAAUGAAGAAAAUUCCGUAAUUCUUCGAAGGGCAUUGGAUCUUUACAAUGAUAUUCAACAAUUCUCAAUGCCGAAAAAGCACAAGCAUGGAAGAAGGAAGAGCAAGAAUCACAACGAGAACGGAAACGCUAAUGUUAAUGAGAACGUAAACUCAAACAUUAACACCAAUACCAAUCGGCAUCAUAGACGUUCCUUCGAUGUCGAUCCGCCUCUAUCCAAAGCACACAAUCAAAAUGUGAAUAGUAACUUUAACUUUAAUAGCAACUCAAACAAAAACAGAGAAGAUUUAUUUGAUUUUAGCGACGAAGAUGAUGAAGUUUAAACGUUUGACAAGCUUCCCGGAACAAGAUCGGGAACCAUGUGUAAAGAUUUUUGCUUCACAAAAUAAGAUCGGAAAGCAUGUAUAAAAAUUGCUGCGCCUGAUUGUAAUUUCUCUAAAACAUUUUACAAUUACAAUAAUAAAAUAA